GAAAAGACGAACCUGAUCCUGAUCUGAGCUCAAGUCCACGGCUGAUUUUAAAACUCUUUUAAACACAUUUUUCACCAGUUUAACUCCGCGGCGAACAACACGUCCUCCUUCACAGUCUCCUGCCGUGGAUGAGAGCGACAAGCCUGGGUUGUUAUGUUUGAAAAGGAGUCAGGACAAACAGUGGACCAGUCGACUGCGACAGCGAUGCCUUCCAACAAGUACUCUGCUGUUAUCAUGGAGGAGAGCAACAACAUGACUGCUACUGCGGCGGUCAACGGGGACACAUCUCCGGCUGAGGGCCUAUCGGAGAACGACAGCGGCGUGGAACUGACCAAUGAGAACAGCCCUUUGACUGCGGCCGAACCGCCCUCCCCCUUUAGCCCCAAACAGAACGGAGAUGCUGCCUCACCUCAAGAUGAUAAUCAGUGUUCAAGCGAAAGCAGGAAAAGGAGCAGGAAGAGGUCAGAGGAGGAGGAGAGUACCUGGGACUCCUACAGCGAGGAAAAGGCCUCAGGACCGUCGGAGCUGGGUUUGAGACAGAGACCUCGACCAAGGACCAUCUUCCAGGCCGGUCUGUCGCCGCACACCAACACCAAACCUCGCAGACAGAACCGCAAACAGGAGCACAGCAUGUUACUGUGCGCCAGCGGUCCUCGGACAGUCGUGGUCGUGUCCGGCGAGGUUCCAGAGGCCCCCCGUCUGGAGCUGAUGGAACAAGACUCCAAAGACUCGGCCCAGAGCAGCAGCACCUUAUCCAGCACCGAAACUCAGCCAGAGUACAAUGACAACAAAGGUUUUGGCAUCGGCGAGCUGGUGUGGGGAAAGAUCAAGGGAUUUUCCUGGUGGCCCGGCAUCGUGGUGACAUGGCGCGCCACCGGAAAACGGCAGGCCAGCCACGGCAUGAGGUGGCUGCAGUGGUUUGGAGACGGCAAAUUCUCUGAGGUUUCAGCAGACAAACUGGACUCCAUUACUGCCUUCCCCAAGUUCUUCAGCCAGGCUUCGUACACCAAGCUGGCCUCCUACCGCAGGGCGAUCUUCCAGGCGCUGGAGAUGGCCAGUAUCCGGGCGGAGAAGACGUUUCCUCCCUGCGAGUCGGACAACCCGGAGGACCAGGUCAAACCCAUGCUAGACUGGGCCAACGGUGGCUUCCAGCCCAAAGGAGAGGAGGGACUCAAACCUACACACAGCGCCAACAGCAACCCUCUGGACCACCAGGUCCUCGAUGUCUCACUGCCAGAGUAUUUUCCCAGCGCAAAGCGGCCAAGAGUCGGCCUGUGUAAGAACAAGGCCGCCCCUGAGGAGUCCUACUGCAGAGAACAAAUGGUCAAUGAAGUUCGGAUGAAUAAAUGUAGUAUUGAAGAGUUCUGUCUCUCCUGUGGAAAGAUGAGAGCAGCAACCUUCCACCCACUGUUUGAAGGAGGCCUGUGCCAAACAUGCAAGGAUGUGUACCUGGAGAUGUCCUACAUGUACGAUGACGACGGUUACCAGUCUUACUGCACCGUCUGCUGCGGAGGUCGAGAGGUUCUGCUCUGUGGCAACGCAAACUGCUGCAGGUGUUUCUGCGUGGACUGUCUGGACAUCCUGGUCGAUCCUGGAGCAUCUAACAACGCUCGCUACUUGGACCCGUGGAGGUGCUACAUGUGCCAGCCGCUGCUGCAGUACGGCGUCCUGAAGCGGCGACACGACUGGAGCCUCAAGCUGCAGGAGUUCUUCGCCAACGACAACGGACAGGAGUUUGAGAAACCAAAGAUUUACCCAGCAGUCCCUGCAGAGCAGAGGAGACCAAUCCGAGUCCUCUCCCUGUUUGACGGCAUUGCCACCGGCUACCUGGUUCUGAGGGAUCUGGGUUUUAAGGUGGACCAGUACGUGGCGUCAGAGGUGUGCGAGGACUCCAUCUCAGUGGGCGUGGUCAGACAUGAAGGAAGGAUCCAGUACGUCCAUGACGUCAGGGACAUCACCAAGAAAAACAUUCUGGAGUGGGGUCCGUUUGACCUGGUGAUAGGGGGAAGUCCCUGCAACGACCUCUCAAUAGUCAAUCCUGCAAGGAAAGGCCUGUAUGAAGGCACAGGGAGGUUGUUCUUUGAGUUUUACCGUCUGCUGAGCGAGGCCAAGCCCAAAGAAGGAGAGAACCGGCCGUUCUUCUGGAUGUUCGAGAACGUGGUCGCCAUGGGCGUCAACGACAAGAGGGACAUCUCACGAUUCCUGGAGUGUAACCCCGUCAUGAUUGAUGCUAUUGAGGUUUCCGCUGCUCACCGUGCCCGAUACUUCUGGGGAAACUUGCCAGGCAUGAACAGGCCUCUCUGCGCCUCUGGGAUGGACAAGCUGGAGCUGCAGGACUGUUUGGAGCAUGGCAGAGUUGCAAAGUUUGGAAAGGUGCGCACCAUCACGACUCGCUCAAACUCCAUCAAACAGGGGAAAGACCAGCACUUCCCUGUGUUGAUGAACGGGAAGGAGGACAUACUGUGGUGCACUGAGCUGGAGAGGAUCUUCGGCUUCCCCGUUCACUACACAGAUGUGUCCAACAUGGGUCGCGGUGCCCGACAGAAACUCCUGGGCCGGUCCUGGAGCGUCCCUGUCAUCAGGCAUUUGUUUGCACCACUCAAAGACUACUUUGCCUGUGAAUAGAAAACCACCCAUCAUCAGCAAACAUAUGCCACCUGUGAAUACACACCAGCUUUUCUACUAUGACACUGGCUCCCAGAAACAGCAUCUGUAAAGAGCUGGAGGAAAAACAGCCAGUUUCACUUAAAAAAAAAAAAAAAAAAAA